AUCAGACAACGAGGAUUACGAAUAUAUAGAACUCUUUGCCCUUCCAAGACAACGAGGAGAAGCAGAAAAUGCCGUGUGUCCUCUUGUUGUUUGAAGAACAUUGCAUAGGAGAAAGUAAUGUUAUAUGCGACCGCUACAUUUUCAACAAACGAGACCAGGAAGCACAGGAGCCGUUUGACAAGUAUCUUACAACACUUCGCGAGCUAGUCGGACGGUGUCAUUUUGGUCCAAUGUUGGAUGAGCUGCUACGUGAUUGCAUCAUGUGUGGUGUGAAAUUUUCCGGUCUACGUAAACAGUUACUGGAGAAGAAAGGUCUCACGUUAUGUACUUGUGUGGACAUGUGCCGUGCAAGUCAAUCACAGCAAAACAAAUGAAAGAUGAGUGCAGUUGAAGCUGUUCAAGACGGUGGAGCCCAACAGAAGGACAGGUGCAGAAGAGGAACCGCCCAGGAAGAUGGUAAAGGUGUGGUCACUGCGGACACUUUCGUGCUAAAGGCCGUGAGAGGCCGUGCCAAGCUUAUGGUCGCACCUGUGAAAAAUGUGGAAAGCUAAACCACUUCUAAAAAUGUGCCGUUUUAUGGAAGGGAAGACACAGAAAAGCUCAAAGGCAAACCUGUGGCAAAGUUUGACAAAUCCAGGUUUCUGAGGAUUCAUCAGACUACGAGACUUUGAUGACGCUCAACAUUGAGCAAGAGGAUGAAGAAGUUGCUGUCAAUUGCAUCGAACAACAAACCAAACUCAAAUCACAGUUGUUUGUUCCAAUGCUGGUCGGAACAAAGUCAGUACGGUUUCAGGUUGAUACAGGAGCAACGUGUAAUGUAGUUUGACGUCAAGAUCUACCAGACAACAUGGAAAUUCAGCCAACCUCACAGGUCCUCUCAAUGUUCAACAGGGAGAAAAUUAUACCGGCUGGAAAAUGUGAAUUGAAAAUGAUCCAUCCACGUACAGGGAAGAAGUACAAAGGUCAAUUUGUUGUCAUGUCGGACACACCUAUAUCAAUCCUUGGAGCGCGAUCAAGUCAACAAAUGGGACUAGUCAAAGUGGAUGAAGAGCCGACUCUGAAGAUCAAUACACCAGAGAUGAAAACACCAUUGCAAAUGGAGGAUAUACUACGGGACUACACAAGUGUAUUCAGCAAGGAGUUAGGCUGUUUCCCAAGUGAACUGCAUCUGAAAGUGAAUCCAGCCAUCACCCCAGUACAACUCCCCAUUAGAAGAACACCAAUCUCUCUCAAAGGCAAGCUCAAAGGAGAACUGGAUCGUUUAGAAAGUAUUGGCGUUAUUUCACGCAUUGAAGAGCCAACUGAAUGGGUAUCAAGCUUGGUGGUAACGCCCAAACCAAAUGGCACACUUCAUGUUUGUCUGGACCCAAAACUGCUUAAUCGAGGUCUCAAGCGAAGUCAUUAUUCUAUGUCUGCUCUAGAUGAUGUAUUACCCCAGCUGACACGUUCCAAAGUGUUCAGUCAUGCUGAUGUACGAAAUAGAUUUUGCCAUAUCAACAUGCUAGUUAACAACAUUUGGAACUCAGUACGGGCGAUAUCAAUGGAAUCGUAUGCCCUUCGGCAUAACACCAGCACCGGAAAUUUUCCAAAGGAUGUUGCAGCAGUCACUUGAUGGGUUGGAGGGACUGCUCAUAAUUGCAGAUGACAUUCUUGUCAUAGGGGAAGGUGACACACUUGAAGAAGCAGAAUCAAACCACGAUGAUAGAAUGCUGAAGUUUCUGGAAUGCUGUGUGGAACGUAAUAUCAAGCUGAUGGGAGAAAAUUCAGACUGAGGGCAAGCUCACUUCCAUAUGUUGGUCAUGUGUUGACGCCAGAUGGUCUGAAGCCAGAUCCUAAGAAAAUCAUUGCUAUCCAACACAUGGCCGCACCCACAGAUGUGCAUGGAGUUAGACAUCUCCUUAGGCUAGUUAAUUGCCUAGCACAUUUCUUGCCAAGCCUUGCUGAUAUCUGCCAUCCAUUAAGGCAACUCACAAAGAAGGAUACCAAAUAGCAAUGGACAUGAACGGAAAAUACAGCAUUUGAGGAAGUCAAGAAGGGCUAUCAUUUCCACUCCAGUUCUAAGAUUCUUUUAUCCAAAGCUACCAGUAACUAUACAGACCGACGCCUCAUCAACAGGACUUGGCACUGUAUUGCUACAGAAGGGGCAACCUGUAGCCUAUGCUAGCUGUUCUCUAAAGCCGAGUGAAAAAAUAUGUGCAGAUUGAGAAGGAGCUGUUGGAAAUAGCCUUUGGACUGGAAAGAUUCCAUCAGUACAUGUAUGGAAGCGAUGUUACUGUGGCAAUCGAUCAUCGUCCACUGGAAUCAAUAUUGUGAAAACCACUGCAUCUUGCACCAAAGAGAUUGGAAUGACUUUUACUACGAGUAAAUGCCUAUCACCCAACAAUCAAAUAUAAAAAGUGGCUGAGUUAUACAUUGCGGAUGCCUUGUCACAGGCCACACUUCCACAAGACAAAGAUGAUGAUGCUAGUGCAGAGAUACAGCAAUUUUACGCUGAAGUAGCCUCAGUCAAUACGCUGAGGAAAUUCAAGUCGCUACAGCUGCAGACGCAGUUCUACAGGAACUUGCACAUGUUGUCAUGACAGGCUGGCCCGAUUCCAAAUUUGAUGUCCCUCGGCAAAUCAUACCUUAUUUUCGGUUUGCAGAUGAAAUCACAAUGCAAGAUGGCCUACUUCUCUGUGGAACACGAGUAAUCAUUCCAGAAUACCUUUGCACAGAAACACGUGGAAAGAUACACGCAGCACAUCUUAGAGUAAACGCUUGCUUGCUUAGAGCCCGUGAAAGUGUUACUGGCCUGAAAUGAGUGCAGAAGUGCAAUGCUUGGUCAGCACAUGUGAAUCUGUCGGUCUCUGGACACCAAGUAGCAGAAGUAGACAAUAAGGCAGCAUGCUGUACCCAUUCGAUCAUGGCAACGUGUGUUGCAGUGGAUCUGUUCACUCUGAAGGAAAAUGAGUAUGUAGUCACAACAGAUUAUUUCAGCAAUUUUUCAGAGGUUGAUGAGCUGCGGAAAACCACUUCACACACUGUCAUCCAAAAGCUGAAAAUUCUUCGCUCGCCAUGGUAUUCCAGACGUUGUUGUGACAGACAAUGGACCUCAGUUUUCAUCUGAAGACUUCCAACGUUUCGCUGCUGAAUGGGAAUUUUCACAUAUCACCAGCAGUCCGGGUUAUCCACAAGCAAAUGGGAAAGCUGAAAGCGCCGUAAAAUCAAUUAAACGAAUGCUGAAAAGAGUUGAAAGAGCAGGUUCAGAUCCCGUGCUUGCAUUGUUAGCCCUGCGUAACACACCAAUGGAAGGUCGCCAGGCAACUCCAGCCCAGUUACUAUACAGUCACCGCUGUAGGACACUCUUACCUAUUGCUGCUCAGCUCUUGCAACCAGCAGUAGUCUCAAAUGCUCGAGAAAGGUUGAAAGUCAAUAAGGCUAAACAAGCCAAGCAAUACAACAAGCAGGCUAAAGAUCUACCACUGCUGAAUGUUGAUGAUACCAUCCGAAUGCAGCCUAUGAACGGACAAUCAGAUUGGAAAAAGGGAGUUGUUGUCAUUGUUCUUCCACAUUGAGCUUAUGAAGUAGAUGUAGGAUCAGACAAGCUGCUACACCGAAACAGACGACAGCUACGAUAUUCUCAGGAAAAAAUCACCCGAUCAGGCAACACAAGAAUCACAGUCUCUGAAGGAAGAUCAAACUACAUCUUCUGAUCUGGACUUCCUCUUACCAUCUACUGUAACUGUCUCAACAGCAAGGUCAGGCGCCCAGAUUCGAGAAACACAUUGAAGCCCUCUUCUGUCCUUCUUCCACAGGAGACUGCAAAAGCAUCAGACAAGACUGACCCACAAGUCAACUCAACCAACACUCACUCUACUCAAGCAACUAUGAACAAAUCGUCUACAAGUCAGUCAGAGUUGGCACACACAAGAAGUGGGAGAGCAAUUUAUAAAUCCAAGUACUUGGAUGAUUACAUUUCGUUGUUAGUAAGAGAUUUGUUUGUUGAGUCAUGUUGUUACUCCCUAGAGACUUCGUCUUAGCAGACAAAGGGGGUAGUGUAGGUGUCAUCUACUGUAGUAAUGUUGCGCAUGCGUGGGUUUUACUAACUGUUCUCACUUGUUAUUAUUGUUGUUCACACAACACGACACAAUUGGGAGG